AUGCCGAAGGUGCUCAAUGCGACUAAACGACUGGCCGGUCGUGUACUCCCGCGUACCCUACUGGCGAUGAAGCACAACCCGCGCGCGCUGGCUACUGCGAAUGGCACCUCCCAGGAUAACUCUGUCAACCGAUUGACCCCAGUCGCAGUGCUGAAGACCUACCCUGCUAACCGCGGACCAACCAAAGUCAAAGCUGCCUUAGGGAACGUCUUGCGAAAGCUGAAGCCUAGUCGUGCAUCGCGAAUGGUGGCUCAAGACGCUACACGACUUGGUCUCGAAGGUAUAGCUCAAUCCGCCGAUGCAUUUCCGCCACUCAAGAGCGCGAUCGGUGGUCUACUGUUUCUGUGGGCACAAGCAGAGUUAGUGUCCAGCAACAAGGAACGAGCCGAUGGCCUUCGCGUUCUACUCGGCAGGUUCUUGGAGGUGCUGAGACGAACUGGUCAGAGCACGUCGAUCUCGCCGGGGCAUAAGGCUGCACUUGAAGUACUUGCAAAGGAUGUGGACUCUGUAUCUUCGAAGAUGGAGAAACUUGUGGGGAAGCGACGUCUCUCGCGGAUCCUCUAUGCUAAGAGAGCCUCCGCCGACUUGGCGCAACUCGUCAAGCAACUGAAAGAGGCGCACAACUCAUUCACCAUGGCUAUGCUAUCUAACUUGGGUAACACGACUUCUGAUACGCUCGAUGCCAUUCAGCUUCUGCAGAAGGACGUUCAUCGCCUCUCCCGCCUUGGCGGGUUCUUUUUUUUUUGUGCACUGCCCCAAAACCUCCAGGUGCCCAGGAGCACAGCCAUGCCCUUAUGA